CAGACAACUUUCUCUCUUGUUCCCUUUGUUCCCCGCACCCCGAAACCUUCAGUCAUGAUGGGUGCCCUGUGGCUUGGCCUCGUUUCUUUAGAUUCCUCAUGCAAACGUGUAGAGACAGGAACUGCCUUAAUGUCCGAGGCAACCGGGCCUGCGAAGCUCCAGGUGUGAUCUUUUGGGCAACUGCUAUGUCAGUGGACUGUCUGGGACAACGUGCAGUACUUUCGGGCCGCCGUUUCCUCUACAUAGUUAACCUGGAUGCGCCAAAUGAGGGUCAUCGAAAGAUCUCCCGCCAGAGCAAAUGGGACAUUGGGACAGUGCAAUGGAAUCCGCACGACAGCUGCGCGUACUACUUUGCAGCUUCGAGCAAUCAGCGAGUUGACCUGUAUAAGUGGAAAGAAGGUAACGGGGAAGUUUGCACAUCGUUGCAAGGACACACACGUGUGAUCAGUGACUUGGACUGGGCGGUGUUUGAGCCAGACCUGCUGGUCACCAGUUCUGUUGACACAUACAUCUACAUUUGGGAUAUCAAAGACACCAGGAAGCCUACAGUCUCACUCUCUGCAGUUGCUGGAGCUUCCCAGGUCAAAUGGAACAAGAAAAAUGCCAACUGUUUAGCAACCAGCCAUGAUGGGGACGUCCGAAUAUGGGACAAAAGGAAACCCAGCACUGCAGUGGAGUACUUGGCAGCUCAUCUCUCUAAAAUCCAUGGUCUGGACUGGCAUCCUGACAAUGAGUACACACUGGCCACCUCCAGCCAGGACAACUCUGUCAGGUUCUGGGAUUACCGUCAGCCUCGGAAAUACCUCAAUAUCCUUCCCUGCCAGGUUCCAGUCUGGAAGGCAAGAUACACGCCUUUCAGCAAUGGGCUGGUGACAGUGAUGGUCCCCCAGCUCCGUCGGGAAAACAGUCUCCUUCUCUGGAACGUCUUUGACUUGAACACGCCUGUCCACACGUUUGUGGGGCAUGAUGACGUGGUGCUGGAGUUCCAAUGGAGGAAGCAGAAGGAAGGUUCUAAAGACUACCAGCUGGUUACGUGGUCCCGUGAUCAGACUCUGCGGAUGUGGCGGAUUGACUCUCAACUGCAGAGGCUGUGUGCUAAUGAUAUCCUGGAUGGAGUUGAUGAGCUCAUCGAUGGGAUUUCUCUUCUGCCAGAGCCAGACAAGACCCUUCACCCCCAGGACUCGGAGCCCCAACAUAACUCUGGACACGGCGAUGAGGAAGCCUUAAAAGAAGAUUUCUUGAAUGACCUCCUGGUAGGAAAGAAAACAGACCAGCUGGGACUGCCUCAAACACUGCAGCAGGAGUUUUCACUGAUCAACGUGCAGAUCCGAAAUGUCAAUGUAGAGAUGGAUGCAGUGAAUCGUAGCUGCACAGUGUCAGUGCAUUGCGGCAAUCACAGAGUCAGGAUGCUGGUGAUGUUCCCUGUGCAAUAUCCCAAUAAUGCUGCGCCAUCCUUCCAGUUCAUCAACCCGACCUCGAUCACAGCUUCAAUGAAGGCAAAGCUGCUGAAGAUACUGAAAGACACUUCUCUGCAGAAAGUGAAGCGGAAUCAGAGCUGUCUAGAACCCUGUCUGCGUCAGCUGGUCUCCUGGCUGGAGUCUGUUGUGAACCAAGAGGACAGUACCUCCAGCAAUCCCUACGCUUUGUCAAACUCUGUAACACCCCCCUUGCCCACAUUCGCCCGGGUCUCCAAUGCCUAUGGCUCCUACCAGGACUCUAACAUCCCAUUUCCACGGACCUCUGGAGCCAGGUUCUGUGGUGCAGGGUACUUGGUGUAUUUCACGAGACCGAUGACCAUGCACCGUGCGGUGUCACCCACGGAGCCUACGCCCAGGUCUCUGUCAGCUUUAUCAGCAUACCAUAGUGGCCUCAUUACUCCAAUGAAGAUCCGUACGGAGACUCCAGGCAAUCUGCGUUUGUACAGUGGGAGUCCCACACGUAGCGAGAAGGAGCAGGUCUCCAUUAGCUCCUUCUACUACAAAGAGAGGAUGUCUCCUCGCUCUGCCCGGCGACGUUGGUCCAUACAAGCAAUUAACGACUUCCCGAAAUCAAGGAGAUGGAAAAGCAAGCGAGAAGGGACAGAUGCCAACAGCCGACCAAUCAAAGCUGCCGGGAAAGUUAUUAUCCAGGAUAUUUCCUGCCUGCUGCCAGUGCACAAGUUGCUAGGAGAACUCUACAUACUGAAUGUGAAUAAUAUCCAGGAGACUUGCCAGAAGAAUGCUGCCUCAGCCUUGGCAGUUGGACGGAGGGAUCUCGUACAGGUUUGGUCGCUAGCCAUGGUAGCCACUGAUCUCUGUCUUGGACCAAAGUCUGACCCAGAUUUGGAGAUACCCUGGGCGCAACAUCCUUUUGGACGUCAGUUACUGGAAUCCUUGCUGGCUCAUUACUCGCAGCUACACGAUGUGCAGACCCUUGCUAUGCUAUGCAGCGUGUUUGAAGCCCAAUCCAGGCUACAGGGAUGCCUGAAUUCCUAUGGCCCCUUUCCUCAGCGUGCCUCCAACCUGGCCUCCCACAGCCGCUAUCCCAGCUUUACUUCCUCUGGCUCCUGUUCCAGCAUGUCAGAUCCUGGACUUGGCACUGGAGGCUGGAGCAUAGCAAACAAAGACACAGAGCAGGCCUCCACUCCCUGGUGCGAGUCUUCUCCAGAUGACUUCCGCUAUGGAAAUCUAAUGUAUCCUGAUCAUCGGGAGCGUGAGAAGGAUCAACAUGAGAAAAACAAAAGGCUCCUGGACCCUGCCAACACCCAGCAGUUUGACGACUUUAAGAAGUGCUAUGGAGAAAUCCUUUAUCGCUGGGGCCUGCGAGAGAAGCGGGCCGAGGUUCUAAAGUUUGUCUCUUCUCCUCCUGAUCCCCACAAAGGAAUCGAGUUUGGUGUGUACUGUAGCCACUGCCGCAGCGAGGUGCGAGGCACCCAGUGUGCCAUCUGCAAGGGCUUCACGUUCCAGUGUGCUAUCUGUCACGUGGCGGUGCGAGGCUCCUCUAACUUCUGCCUGACAUGUGGACACGGAGGACACACCAGCCACAUGAUGGAGUGGUUUCGCACCCAGGAAGUGUGCCCCACAGGCUGUGGAUGCCACUGCCUGCUCGAGAGCACGUUCUGAACAGUCGUGAGAGCAGAGCGCCCAUGAACUGGAUUUGAUAUUUAAUUCCCAAGCCAUGUUGAAUCAGCUCUGCUGCGUGGUGUCUGGAGGAGGUGCUACAGGCUGCUGCACCGAGAUUUCCUGGUGGUGCACUGCGGUGGUGUUUACGCGUGCUUCCAGUAUUCAAACACUUCCCAGGUUGCUUUCAGACUGAUUUGACCAAACUCCCUGUGUCCAUUGCUGGCAAUGGAUGCCAGACCAGAAAAAUCGCUCCCUCCUGCAGAAGGAUAUGUGAAUAUUGACUGGUCAUUUUUUGGGCUGAGGGGAUGUUUAAAAAGUUCCUUUGGAAAACACUCAACGGGCAGAGCCAAAUUUGCUCCAGCUACAUAGUGUCUUUCCAGAUACCUCCUGACAGGGGCGGAAAGUGAGCAAAAUAGAGAGUGGUCUUUGCACAAUGAAGGUGGAAAUAAUUCACAGGCAGCAGUGAGCUAAAGAGGCUAAUUACAAACUGUGUUUGAAGAGCACAUAGUCCGUGGGACUUGCUCAAAGUUACUGAGGCGACAGGGUCCUUAAUUUGCUGUUUACAGUGCUCUGGUUGUCCCAUAAAACACAAGUAUCAAACUACACUUUUCAGGAUUAUUUCCUAAAUAGCUUCCUACUCACUGGUCAGUAUCUGCAGCUGGUAUCAAAACCCCAGCCGUGUGGCCAAAAUUGCUAGGAUUAGUUGUUUUCUUCCAGCAAUUUUAAUAGUGUUACUCCUAAGGUGUCUCCGUUUUGCUGUUCUGACUGGGUGAUACGAUGCACUUUAACUUGCCCGUCCCUGCCUUGUCAGUGACACGUCCUGGUGGCUGGGAAAGGCCAUCUGCCUUUUGAUCUUUGGAUCCACACGGUGUUUCCAUGGAUGGUGACGCUGCCUCCUCUGGUCCGGGCCUGGGUCUCUCGUUGUGCGUCAGGGAACGUAUGAGAGCGUUUUGGAAGGCCCGUCGUUUCCUUGCCAAGAAAACUCGAGGGAGAGGCUCUUGGCCAUGAAACUCCUUUCAGCUAUUUUCUCCAGGCCAGCCCACCCUGUUCGUAUGGGGGAUCUCAAGGAGCAAUUUGAGAUUCGCUACCGAAACUGAGCUGUCGGUGUGCUUGAGUGACUAGGCCGGCGGGCCGGGGAGGCAGCAGCUUCAAGGGGGAAAGGGGUUUUGCCGGGUGGUGGGAUUCACAGAGGCGAGAGGUUUGUACCUCUUCUCUCUGUGGCGCUUCGCUUUGCGAAUGUGCUUGCAUGGGCCGUCUGUUUUGUGAGGCUCUGCCUGCCGGCUGCUGGGACGCUGUUGUGCCGCUGUCCGUGCAGUUGUGCGCACGCAUCGGGCGUGCAGCCCGGGCCUCUCCUAAGCAGGCUUCCGUCUUGAGCUUUGAUUUUGGGCAAACGUGUGGUCAGGGGCUGACCCCCUGGAGUUACCCCCUUCCCUCCGCUGGCACCGGUCCUUUCCUCCUGCGCUCGCCUGCUGAGCAGGGCCGCCUGCUGCGCCCUCUCCGACCCCUUGCACCGACUGAGGCGGUGGGAUCCUGCUGUCGAAUAAACAGAUGGUGUAUCUUAAACAUUAAAAUUA